CCAGCCACAGUGGUGGCGUUUACAUUUCCGCGAUUUUGUCCCGGUUUACUGUUGAAUUGGGAUUGCGCUCUGGGAGAAUUUAUGUGAUUCCAUGCGUUGCGGGUGCAGCAACCCAUUGCCCGGAUGGGAGCUAGUACUGUAAUUUGGUGUAGAUGAGUGAGUAGUUUGAAUUUUGGAUAAGACGACCUCAUACCGUGGCCUAACUCAACCUGAAUUGCGGGUUUGGGUAAGUUAAUAUACUGAAAAUGCUACUUGUUCAUGCGUGUAUGAUCGAAUCACGAGAAAUUUCUGCUUUGUUCAGAGUGUGAAUAAUCAGGGUUUUAAUUUGAAUUCAGCUAGUGAUUUGUCUACCGUUCCUGCUGUGGGGGGAACAAACCCUCUUGUUCUUGCCACUAGAAUUUCUACUCAAUCUAUUAGUAUUUACAUGGUUUCUGUGUUUCACUGACAUUUUUUUGUACUUGUGGUCCUCGAGCAAUAGUAGUUUAGACUUCAGCUGUGUGAUUGGAGUAAGUUCAUCUGUCUCAUAGUUGUAUCUGAGUUGUUAGCGACAUUUCUAAAGCUUGAGUAUGAUACAGUGUUUGUUAGGAGUUGCUCGGUACCUUCCCGUAUGAAAACCCUUGCCUUCUGGUUUCUAAAGUUAGGUAGCAGAAGGUUUUCUGUUUGAUCUUUUGAAAGAGCCAGCCUGUGUUCUACCUAACAGUUUGUUUCUCUAACGCUGCUUUUUGAUCUUUUUGUUGGUCACAAUCUAUCUGUUAAGAGUCAGAGAUUCUUAGCAGCGUUGAAAAAUCGCUUUCUGAUUUUUGAUCUUCCCUUUAGAGAGUGGACAACUGAACCAUAGUCGAUUUGCCUCAUGCACUACCUGUAGUUUAUAUUGUUUGUGUAUAAUUUGUUCAUGACUUCUAAAAUUGUAUGAGCUAGAAUUCUAAGCUUUCAGGGCUACUCAGGAGCAUGUAAUUCUAAGAAUUCAGUGGCUUUUUAUAAGAAUAUAAUAUAUUAGUCAGUUAGGUUACAUGUUUAUGCAUAGUAAUUUAGAACCAUUUUUAUCAAGCUGAUGUCCAGUUACAUUUUACAGGCUUAGUCAUGAGUGGUUUCUCAUGAGCUUCCCCUAUUGAUGCUUUACAGCUCUAUGCUUUUUCUUAACAUGUAACAUCUCCGGAUGUUAUCCAUGUACUGGAUAUACCAUUAGAAGUCAGAGAUGCAGAAGUCUGACCAUCAUGAGCAGAAUCUUACUUCGCCAAGAGGGCUAAUCCAUAAAAUACUUCGUCGUACAAAUAGCAGGCGUUCUCCAACUGCUGCAGAGCAACAAACUUCUCCUGUAUUUCCAGAAACAAGUAACACAAUAUUUUCAAAGCAAAAGGAUCCUGAUGAUGUCAUCAAUGAUCCAGAAAAGGCAAGCACACAUAGUAUUCGAAUUGAAGAUGAGAAAUCUGAUUUACUUGGAUGCGAGGUUUAUUCUGGAAAGCUUACAUUAGAUAACAGAGCUAAAAGUGUAUCAAGUGAACAGUCUGGAUCAGGGUCUGGUGGCAAUUGCUUUGAUGCUAGGCUCAGCACUGAAGCCCUUAUAUGGGGUUCUAACAUCCUUAAGCUUGAGGACAUUGUAUCUGUAUCGUAUCAUUCUGGUCUCCGGUAUUUCACGGUGCACUCAUGUCCUCUUGAAAAAAGAUCCAGUGGACUCUCCUGCUUUAUGAAGCCUAGAAGAACCCAAAAGGAUUUGAAGUUCAUAUCAACUUCUCCACAUGAGGCCUUUCGGUGGGUUAACAGUUUUGCAGACCAGCAAUGCUAUGUAAACCUGUUGCCUCACCCCAUGGCAUCUAGCAAGAAACAUUCUUCUGAACUCAUUCCAUUUGAUGCCAUGCUUGAUCCUUAUGUUAAAUGUCGGUCUCCACCAAAGAUUCUUGUCAUCUUGAACCCUAGAUCUGGACAUGGUAGAUCUAGCAAAGUUUUUCAUGGAAAAGUGGAACCAAUAUUUAAGCUUGCAGGUUUCAAGAUGGAAGUGGUAAAAACUACACAUGCUGGUCAUGCAAAAUCUCUUGUAUCAACUAUUGAUUUUAGUACCUGUCCAGAUGGUAUUGUAUGUGUGGGUGGUGAUGGAAUUGUAAAUGAGGUUCUCAACGGUCUACUAUGCAGGGAUGAUCAAAAUGUGGCUGCCUCUGUUCCAAUCGGUAUUAUACCUGCCGGGUCUGAUAACUCACUUGUUUGGACAGUCUUGGGUGUUAAGGAUCCAAUUUCUGCAGCACUGUCCAUUGUCAGGGGAGGUCUUACGCCUAUUGAUGUUUUUUCUGUUGAAUGGAUUCAAAGUGGGACUAUGCAUUAUGGCACAACUGUAUCAUAUUUUGGUUUUAUUAGUGAUGUUCUUGAACUCUCAGAGAAAUAUCAGAAGCGUUUUGGUCCUCUCCGUUACUUCGUAGCUGGUUUUCUCAAAUUCCUGUGUUUGCCAAAGUACAGUUUUGAAUUGGAGUAUCUUCCAGUAUCAGAUGUCAAUGGUGCUGAGCAUAGAAUUUUGGCAGGACAAGAAAAGGUUGAUGCAUCCGAUCUUUAUGAUGAUGUAGUUCAGAGAUCGAGAGCAGAAUGUUUACCGCGUGCCUCGAGUUUAUCUAGCAUUGAUUCAAUAAUGUCUACAGGCAUCAUGUCUGGGGCAGAGCUGGAGGUUUGUAGUCCUCGUGCAAACAACGAACCUUCUGAGCUUGUUCGUGCGCUUGACCCAAAAUCAAAACGUCUAUCAUUGGGCAGAGCAAGUACAUUCAAAGAACCAGAAGAAGUGCUCCAUCCCCAGUCUCAUGGUACAUCUACUCCCAGCUGGCGUAGGUCCAAAUCAAAGUCAAGGACUGAAAAGGCGUGGCCAGGCUUGACUAUGACGAACGAUGCAAAAUCCUCUAAGGUUAACAUGGCGCAUGACAAAGAGGACACAUCAUCAACAAUUUCAGAUCCUGGACCCGUGUGGGAUUCGGGACCAAAGUGGGAUGCGGAGCCUAAAUGGGAUAAUCAGCCUAAUUGGGAACCUGAGACUCCAAUUGAGCUCCAUAGUCCUCGGGAGGAUAUUGAGCUUGGUCUGACUAAGGAGCUUGUACCAAGCUUAGAUGAGAGAUGGACAGUUCGGAAAGGACGCUAUCUUGGUGUAUUGGUGUGCAACCAUUCAUGCAAGACUGUGCAGAGUCUGAGCUCUCAGGUUGUUGCUCCCAAGGCUGAAUUUGAUGACAAUUGUUUGGACCUGCUCUUGGUUGGUGGAAGUGGAAGACUCAGAUUACUGAGAUUUUUGGUGCUUUUGCAGUUUGGGAAGCAUACAUCUCUUCCAAAUGUAGAAUAUGUAAAGGUGAAGUCUGUGAGGCUCAAGGCAGGCCCAAAUACGCAUGAUGGAUGUGGUAUUGAUGGUGAACUGCUCCAUGUUAAGGGGCAAGUUCGCUGUAGUUUGUUACCUCAACAAUGUCAAUUGAUCGGCAGGCCAGCCAAAAACCCUGUACAGUAGCUGUAAAUACAUUACUCUGCAGACUCAGUCUGCAGCUCUUGAGGUCAGACAAGAAUCUUGCACGGUGAACUGUGGAAUUUUGUCCGCAUCCACUCAUCCGUAAUUAUAUUCAGAAGUCAGAGCAUCCUUGGUGACACCAGCUCUAGAGAUGGUACAUUUGUGCUUGAUGAGCAAGAAGGUGCUGGGUGGGUGCUAUUUAUCCAGAUGUAAAGCCAAAGCCUAUCUCAGACAGCAGCCUGCUGCGCACGUAUUGGUUUCGCCUUUUCUCUUGUCUGAUAUCUAAUGGAUCUACUAUAGAGCCAUCCAGAUGAGUGUACUUGGGUCCAGAACAUAUUGUUCCACUUUUAGCCCCUGUUGUGUGCGGUUGUUUGGAGGUCCCUGAUGCCGGCCAUUUGAUUGCUCAUUACCCCCAUUAGAGGGACAACCCCUCCAGCGCGUGUCCUUGAUCAGCUUGUUGUGUUUGCAAAGUGUGAAUAAGACUAUAUAGGCCUGUUGGAUUCCCAGUACAGUUGUAGGGUUUCAGCAGAAAGGGACGGACGAUAUUUGUGGCGCCGGUGCUGCAUCUUUUUUCAUGUGUAACUCUUGUUUGUGAUGUAUGAGCUGUGUAGUAAUUGUAAACGUUGUCUGCUACACGAGUUGGAAAUUUCCCAUACGUGCUGUUUUCUGCUGGCGAAUAAGCAGCGCAUGCUUCAGGGAUGCUCUUUUUGCUUGCAUGCUGUUGGCAAGCGGUGCUUGUACGAGGAAUAGCUUGCCGCCAGGCGAAUUUUCA